AUGGUGUCCUCCAAGAAAGUCACCCUCUCAGUGCUCAGCCAGGAGCAGUCAGAAGGGGUUGGAGCAAGGGUCCGCAGAAGCAUCGGCAGACCCGAGUUAAAAAAUCUGGAUCCAUUUUUACUGUUUGAUGAAUUUAAAGGAGGUAGACCAGGUGGAUUUCCUGAUCACCCACAUCGAGGUUUUGAAACAGUAUCGUACCUCCUAGAAGGGGGCAGCAUGGCCCAUGAAGACUUCUGUGGACACGUUGGUCAGUUGAACCCAGGAGACCUGCAGUGGAUGACUGCAGGCCGAGGCAUUCUUCACGCCGAGAUGCCAUGUUCAGAGGAGCCAGCCCAUGGCCUACAACUAUGGGUUAAUUUGAGGAGCUCAGAGAAGAUGGUAGAGCCUCAGUACCAGGAACUGAAAAGUAAAGAAAUUCCUAAACCCAGUAAGGAUGGUGUGACAGUUGCUGUCAUCUCUGGAGAAGCCCUGGGAGUAAAGUCCAAGAUUUACACUCGCACACCAACCUUAUAUUUGGACUUCAAAUUGGACCAAGGAGCAAAGCAUUCCCAGCCUGUUCCUAAAGGGUGGACAAGCUUCAUUUAUACCAUUUCUGGAAAUACAUAUAUUGGGCCUGAUGAUGCACAACAAAAAAUAGAACCUCAUCACACAGCAGUGCUGGGGGAAGGUGACACUGUCCAGGUGGAGAACAAGGAUCCUGAGAGAAGCCACUUCGUUCUAAUUGCUGGGGAGCCAUUAGGAGAACCAGUUGUCCAACAUGGUCCAUUCGUGAUGAACACUAAUGAAGAGAUUUCUCAGGCCAUUCUUGAUUUCAGAAAUGCAAAAAAUGGAUUUGAGAGAGCCAAGAUCUGGAAGUCAAAGAUUGGAAACUAG